AUAUAAUUUUAUAAAUUUUAUUUUUAUUUUAAAAAGAAGACUUAUCGCGACCCAAAAAUGGGUCGCAAACAACCGGUUGGAGACCUGCACUGCCCUGUAUUGCCUUUAUAUAAAACGUAAUAAUAUUUUAUAUUUUAAUAUUAUAUUGCAUUAAAAAUAUUCUGGCUAUUAUCACCUAUACUGGCCAUUCGAUAACGGAAAUUAAAUAAUGUACGCGUCGCCAGGCAAUAAAUAGCCAGGUAAACAGUUGACAAAAGUAUAGUGCAUAAUUAUUAUUGGUAAAUAUUUCCUUAUAUUUUCUGAAAUCGUAAAUCAUGCUAACAUUAGGUUUUUUGGCAUUGUCAUAUCUAAUGGCUGCAAAAAAUAAAUUGUUUCCCGAUCGCAAGAUGAAAGAACCAGAAAGAAAAGAUAAUGAAAAAAUAUCUGCCAACAACAGCAACAUUAUGGACAAGCGAUCAACAGCCACCACCCCCCUACAGCAAGCCGCGAAACUGCUGGAACGCAGCCAGCAGUUACUGCGGGCCGCGAACUCGGAGGCAGCCGUCCACGCGACUACGGCGGCACGGGUGCGCCGGAUGUCCACGGCAGAGCUACGCCGGGACCCGGUACUGUGGGUAGCCUACACCUACGGGUGGGACGAUCGCGCGGCGGUCUUCGGCAAGGCGACCAACGCGGGUCCGAAACCCGCGGUAACCGACAAGUCCCGUACAGCCAGCUGGCAUACCGCGACCGCAGUCCGCACGGUUGCUCCGACCACCCCCCCAACCGCUCAUGGCAGUACUGGUCCCACGACCAAGAUCGUUCUUACCGCCAGCAUCGCCCGCGACGAGGAAAGUGGACCAGAAAAGUGCCCAAAGGCCAACGGCAGAACAGACGACAACAGCGCCACCACAAAAUUCGAGGCAACGCCGGAACCAGUUUCGAAUGCGGGAAUACCGGGGACAGAAAAAGGCCGCCAAACCCACCACCUCCCAACAGUACCGCCUGGAAAAACCGGCACCCUCAACCACCCAACCGGCACCAGGCCCAAAGUCGCUGGAGGCAACCAACACGCCUGUCCCCGAGGCCAAGACACCGGAGGUAGCAAUGCCUACCGGACAAGCCGAGGCCACGGAACAACCGGCCACCGCCACUUCAAUACCGGUCGAUAUUAAGAUAUCACCGGAUGAGGAGUUGCUGUGUGACAUGACGGAUGUUGGUCCCCCAGACGACGUGGACAAGGUGUUCCAAAUCACACCCAGCCAGAAUACCCCCCUCCAGAAACCAGCCACUUAUCCACACACACACCCACCGGAAGCGGCCGGACAACCGCCGUCACUAUUCUGUGAUUGAUACGAUGAUAGCAUACAACACGUGUGUCAGCUCCAUUAUAUUAUUGUCUAGCCGUAUAAUAACAAUAUU